AUGCCCCUUGCGAUGACACUCAACCUCCGCAGUGAACCCAAGCACCUCAAUGAGCAUCCCGAUCGUCCUAUUCCCGUUGAGACAGUCACGGAGGAAGCUGAGGAAGCUCAAGAAGAGAGCAGCAGUGCAGGGAAUGACGAACCAUCCGAAGAAGCUGACAAUGAGGAGACCACAGAAGAGCAGGAAGCAACCGAAGAGGUCACCGAGGUGACAACAAAACUCCCCAUUACACCCGUGGAACAGCGCCUCAAGCAAAUCACCGAGGAAAUUGAGAAAUUCAGCAAUGCCGAUGUUGACAGCGAAAUUGGACGACAGAGCUUCUUCUCCCUCUCGGACCUCAUCAAGAAUCUCCGGCCAAAUGACAAAAAGACCCCACAAAUUGACUCAGACUACAGCAAUACAAUGCGCGUGCUGGGCGAUACGAAAUCCCUCAUCAAUGACGACGCUCGGAAACUCAAGGAGGGCACUGUGAAGAUUACACGAUCCCUGUACUAAGAAAAUUCAAGUCUCCACCAAAAUUCUUACGAGAUCAGCAGAAGACUCCUUAAAUAAAGCAUCCCCUUCUUCCUACUUCCUCUGUGUGUGUGUAGACCAUCGAGGAAGAGGACGAAGGAAUCCUCAUGGACUUUUCUGUUGAACUCAAAUCCUUCUUUUUCUUAAAUCUAUUUUGUGGUUGACCUUUCUUACCUCCUUUUAUCCCCCCCCCCCUUUUAGGGUUUCCUGUGAGAAUUUAUAAUUUUAAACUUGACCAAUUUGAUUAAAAAUAAAAUUGGGAAUUACUUUUUACAAACAUUGAAAGAAAAAAAAAUACGAAAAUUUAAUUGUAAUGAAUUGAGGAGGAAUAAAAAUAAUCAAUAAAAGACAAUAUUUGUCACAUUGAGAAUGA